AUCCUUCUCUCUCGCCACACUCCGCCUCCCGCCACCGCCAUGAACGCUCGGGUCUUCUUACUAACCGCCCUGUGCAACGUGCUAGGGCGAACAACGGCGGCUGGUCAGCUGAACCGAGUAGGUUCUGGGGGAGUGGUGUAUGCGGCGGCGCCCCAAGAGCGAGGGGCGUAUGCCGUGGCGAGGGCGGGAGGACCCUACAACUACGGCUACAACACAGGGGACGGCAUCGCGAAGGUGGAGGUCCGUCAGCCCACGGGCACUGUCGUCGGUUCCUACAGGUACUUCGACCCCAACGGCAAACAGGUGGUUCGUUCGUACAUCGCAGACGAGAAUGGCUUCAGAGUACUAGGAAACGACCUGCCCAUCAGCCCCGAUACGCCUGCCUCGCAUGUGCUUGGAACCCCUGCCUUCACCGGCGCAGUUGAAGGCACGAGUGAGUUCGACGUCCCGCCUCCUUUGGUUCCCAACGCGCAGUAUCAAACGACCCAGGCUGUCAACGUUCCUCAGACGCAGGGGCCCCAGUUCGUACAGCAAGAAGCUGUGCAACAACAGCAAAGCGCUCUCUUGCAGGAACAGCAACGCCAGUUUCAACAGCAGCAGGAGCAACUGGAAGAGCAAAGGCGGCAGCUGAGGCUCCAGCAAGAGAAGCUCGAAGCCUUGCAGAGAGACCUCGAGCAACAGCAGCAGAAUUUCCGACAGCAGUACGAAAAGCAGACACAGCAACAUGUCUCAACGCAGCCUGAACCGCAGCCGCAGCAGUCCCAGCAGCAGUACCAGUACCAGACGCAGAAUACUCUCUCUGGAGGCUACACUUCACCCUACUACUACUACCCACAUCAGUACGACUACGAUUUCCCCGCAGGCUUCGCUUUCGCAGGGCUUCCGGUCGUGAAGCCUCCAGUGGGGGCGAAGAGAGUACAUCCCGAGGAACUCUUCGCGGCGGGACACACGGCUUCCAGAGUGAAUACCCAUUCGCCUGUGGCUCCUCACCGGAAUUACUUGACUCAUGACAACCCGAUCACCGCCGGACACACGCCGGACCGUCGACACAACUCCAACUAUGUGAUUGGUCUCGCUCGUUAAUCCUAUUUUUUUCGGUCAGUGGGUUUUGGAAUGUAAUUUUUUUUAAUGAUUCCUGCAACGAGUAAUGAGUUAAUGGACCGAUAGAUCGGUGAGUAAUAAUCCUAUGAGUAUUGUGACAAAUGGUAAAGCUAUGUACCAAAGUCAUCAACGCCACAGAGCAUCUUUAAAAUUCAUCAGAUGUGGACGUCCGUGUUUGGGGGCUAAGGUGUGGGUGCUGACAGAAAGUUGGUGGCGGGCGGGGGACGAUGUUAUUGCGUGCGGAUGUUUGGAAUCCAGUCUAACAGACAUGUUACCAUUCCUCUUGUGCCUAUUAUAGUGUCACUGCUGAUGUCUCAUAACUAUUUUACCACAACUCGAGGUUAGUCUCUGCAAGUGUUUCCUUCUGACUGUAAACGAGACAGUUACCUUGGGCGUUUCAUCUGAAUUGUACACAUUAAAAGGGAAGUCACUCCCGGAGUUUCCCCUUCAGUGUACACGCUACAAGGGCAGGCACUGCAGGAGUUUCCCCUUCAGUGUACACGCUACAAGGACAGGCACUGCAGGAGUUUCCCCUUCAGUGUACACGCUACAAGGGCAGGCACUGCAGGAGUUUCCCCUUCAGUGUACACAUUACAAGGACAGGCACUGCAGGAGUUUCCCCUUCAGUGUACACGCUACAAGGGCAGGCACUGCAGGAGUUUCCCCUUCAGUGUACACGCUACAAGGGCAGGCACUGCAGGAGUUUCCCCUUCAGUGUACACGCUACAAGGACAGGCACUGCAGGAGUUUCCCCUUCAGUGUACACAUUACAAGGACAGGCACUGCAGGAGUUUCCCCUUCAGCGUACACAUUACAAGGACAGGCACUGCAGGAGUUUCCCCUUCAGUGUACACGCUACAAGGACAGGCACUGCAGGAGUUUCCCCUUCAGCGUACACAUUACAAGGACAGGCACUGCAGGAGUUUCCCCUUCAGCGUACACGCUACAAGGGCUGGCACUGCAGGAGUUUCCCCUUCAGUGUACACAUUACAAGGACAGGCACUGCAGGAGUUUCCCCUUCAGUGUACACAUUACAAGGACAGGCACUGCAGGAGUUUCCCCUUCAGCGUACACAUUACAAGGACAGGCACUGCAGGAGUUUCCCCUUCAGUGUACACAUUACAAGGACAGGCACUGCAGGAGUUUCCCCUUCAGCGUACACAUUACAAGGACAGGCACUGCAGGAGUUUCCCCUUCAGCGUACACAUUACAAGGACAGGCACUGCAGGAGUUUCCCCUUCAGUGUACACAUUACAAGGACAGGCACUGCAGGAGUUUCCCCUUCAGCGUACACGCUACAAGGGCAGGCACUGCAGGAGUUUCCCCUUCAAUGUACACGCUACAAGGACAGGCACUGCAGGAGUUUCCCCUUCAGUGUACACAUUACAAGGACAGGCACCGCAGGAGUUUCCCCUUCAGUGUACACACUACAAGGGCAGGCACUGCAGGAGUUUCCCCUUCAAUGUACACGCUACAAGGGCAGGCACUGCAGGAGUUUCCCCUUCAAUGUACACGCUACAAGGGCAGGCACUGCAGGAGUUUCCCCUUCAGUGUACACGCUAAAAUGAGUCUCCCCUGAAUUGCACUUUUUCACCACAUUGUUUGAAUAUGGUAACAUGAACUCCAUGAACAGUGUAUAAUUGUUAUCUAACAAUAUGUUGUUAACUACUUUAGUUUUUAAGGAAUUUAGAGAUAGAAUUGUAAAUUAUUAAUAAAUGUCUUAAUGUA